UUAUGAAAUAGCAGAGGGUAUAAAAGUCAGAACAGCCUCACCUCCUCAGCUGCCACCAAAAUGUGGGUGCUCGGACGGCUCGUCCUCCUGCCUCUCAUCGCCGCUUUAGUCCUCGCUGAAGACAACUUGAUAGAACUCAACGGGACACCUCGCUGUGGUGCUUCAUUUAAUCAGCCCAGCAGAGCAUUCAACAUUGAACUAAAUGCGAAUGAAAACUGCGUCUGGCAAAUUCAGAGAAAUACAAAUCAAUCUAUUCGGGCCAUUUUCUCCUAUUUUCAAUUUGCUCCUUCUUCGAGCUGCGAAACAGAAAGUAUUAAAGUAUAUGAUGGUCCCUCAACUACUUCGCCUCUUCUUGGACAAAUAUGUAAUGACACUGAUGCCGUCCCAGUACUUCAGUCAUCUUCAGACAGUUUAACUUUCCUCAUAACAACAAACUCUGAGGUUUUCACACGAAACUUCUUUGUCUUCUAUUAUUUCAUUUCAGAAACAGACACUGUAAACUGUGGAGGAGAAUUAACUGGUCCCAAUGGGACAUUUACCAGCCCCAACUACCCAGCAGCUCACCCUGAAUUUACAUACUGCGUCUGGCACAUACAAACAGAAAAAAACUCAAAGAUAAACUUAGAGUUCCAGGAUUUGUUCCUGGAACUCGACCGAAACUGCCGGUUUGACUUCACGGCGGUCUAUGACGGUCCCACCACUAACACCGGGUUAAUAGGAAAAGUCUGUGGCCGUACUCAGACCUCAUUUGAGUCUUCCUCAAACGCUAUGACAGUCGUGUUGUCCACAGACGACAGCAACUCCUACAGAGGAUUUUCGGCUCAAUACACCAGCGUUCCGCUGCCCGCUCCUGUGCAGCCCGAUGCAUCCCUUACCUGCUCUUCAGACAGCAUGACAAUUGUUCUCAGCAAGUCUUACCUGGCCUCCCUUGGUUAUGACGAAACCCACCUGCACCUGAACGAUCCAUCUUGCAGACCAGUUGUAACAGAUUCUGUCGUCUUUUCCUUCCCAUUAAGCAGCUGUGGAACAAUUAAACAGGACGAAGGUCAGAGCAUCACUUACACCAACGUUGUGUUCCUCUCUCCAACUGGGAACGUCAUCACCCGCCAAAAGAGCGUAGAGAUUGUUGCAAAAUGCAAAAUGGAAAACAACUCAACCGUAGAAAUCAUGUACAUAACAAAAAAUAACAUAAUCCAAAACAUAACCUCUGUGGGACGGUACAAUGUUAGCAUAUCGUUCUACGAUUCGGAGUCAUUCUCCAAUCCUAUACUUGAGUCCCCAUAUUACAUAGACCUGAACCAAACUAUUUUUACUCAAGUCAGUCUUCAUUCCACUGACCCAAACCUUUUGGUAUUUGUCGAUACCUGUAUAGCAUCGCCACAAUCCGAUUUUGGAUCACCAACGUAUGACUUAAUCAGAAGCGGCUGCAAUAAAGACGACACUGUGGUGACCUACCCACCACUUGAACACUAUGGAAGAUUCAAAUUUAACGCCUUCAGGUUCCUGCGCUACUUCCCAUCAGUUUAUCUCCAGUGUGAUAUUGUAAUUUGCGACAGCAAUGACACCAACUCUCGCUGUACCAGAGGCUGCAUCUCCAGGCAAAAAAGAGAUAUUCCUUCAUACGUGUGGAAAACUAACACUGUCGUCGGUCCCAUCCGCCUGAAGAGAGACCUCAGGUCUGCUGGUGCCUCAGAAUCCCUCACUAAACCAGAUGCUGAAGAAACCCCAAACCUGCAACAACACAACUUCUACACUCUUUCAUUUGUGGUUUUAAUAUCAAAUAUUAUCAUCGUGGUAGCUGUGAUACUAAAAUAUCACAUCAAACAUCAAGCGGGAUACAGCUACCAAAAGCUCCAGAGCUCCUAUUAACUACUUUGGGAUAUUUCAAAUGUGUCAACUUCUAUUCAGAUUUGUCACCCAAAGAGGGCAGAGGGGAAAAAAAGACCAACACCACAACUAAAGAAAGCAAUAAACUAACAGCCUUGGAAUACAACAAUGCUUGGAAACGUAUUUCAACUUUUUUGUAAUUAGAAAGAAAAACCCUCUCAAGCCAGCAUUGUAUCUUAAAUCACUGAGCUGAAAAUGAAUGUGUCUACCUCAGGGUGUUUCUUAGCAAGUAAAAAAAUAACUUUAUAGGUGUAAAGCGACCUGUAAAGUACAAGAUAAUUUAGGCCCUUUGUUCUCUAAUCACUUUGAAACUGCAUUUGGCAUGAACAGAGCUAAGGGACAACUGUGAAAUGUGUGUUCCAAGCAAAUCAUCAUCUCUCCAAAAUCUACUCCUGUUGAGUUGCUACCACCAAGAUGCGACAGUCUUCAAAAGCCACCGGUUUUCCUGGAGAAGAAUAAAAUAGUAGGUAAAAGAUAAAGAUAUUGAAUGUA